AGCAGUGUUGCUCUGCUGCUGCAUCUAAUCUACCAUAUCAACGAAGAAGAACGAUAGGUUUACGUGCCCGCCAAUUUUGAAGGUUGUAAACAAUGUCGGCUAUCUUCUGACCCUCGUAAUCGACAUGCUGUGAAGAAAAUACCACUGACCUCGUCAACGGUUUAAACGGCUUGGAAUAGCAAUGAAUUCUAACGGCAAAGGAGCUGGAGAUUCAACUUUGCUUGCUGCCAGUGGGGAUGGCGACUCCAUUAAAGUUUUUGUCCGAGUACGACCUCUGACCCAGGGGACUGGGCUGACCACAGAUGGGGAUCAGAGUCUGUGUCUCAUGGUCACCUCACCCAGCACUAUCCGUUUGCUUUCAAAACCAGAACCAAGAACUUUCACCUAUGAUCAUGUGGCGGAUAUGGACACAUCUCAGGAUGCUGUAUUCAACAGUGUGGCCAAGAAUAUUGUUGAAUCCUGCAUAAAUGGAUACAAUGGAACUAUAUUUGCUUAUGGACAAACGGGGUCAGGAAAAACCUUCACCAUGCUUGGGCCAUCUGAGUUGGAUAACUUCACAGAUGAACUGAGGGGAGUUAUUCCUCGAAGUUUUGAGUAUUUGUUUUUUCUCAUCAACCAAGAAGUGGAAAGGUCUCCCAAGUCCAAGAGAUUCCUUUGCAAAUGUUCAUUUAUUGAGAUAUACAAUGAACAAAUUUAUGACCUCCUGGACACAGCCUCUGCCAGCCUUUUUCUCCGAGAGAACAUCAAGAAAGGUGUUUUUGUUGAGGGAGCUGUGGAGAAGUUUGUGAGCUCAGCACCUGAAGCUUAUCAGGUGCUAUCUAUGGGCUGGCGAAAUCGACGAGUAGCCUCCACUUCUAUGAACCGAGAAUCCUCGAGAUCUCAUGCAGUUUUCACCAUGACUUUGGAGUCCAAAGAGACAAUCAACGAAGUGGUGAAUAUCCGAAUGUCUCAGCUCAACCUGGUUGAUCUGGCAGGUUCCGAGAGACAGAAAGACACCCACACAGAGGGCUCGAGGCUUAAGGAGGCCAGCAGUAUCAAUCGCUCACUCAUGUGCUUGGGCCAAGUGAUUAUGGCUCUGGUGGACGUCUCUAAUGGGAAGAAUCGUCACAUCUGCUACAGAGAUUCUAAACUCACCUUUUUGCUCAGGGACUCUCUCGGAGGAAAUGCCAAAACUUACAUCAUAGCUAAUGUCCAUCCAGGUUCAAAGUGUUUUGGGGAGACAUUGUCGACUCUACACUUUGCCCAGAGAGCAAAGUUAAUAAAAAAUAAGGCUGUCAUCAAUGAAGACACACAGGGCAACGUGAGGCAGUUACAGGCUGAGGUUAGGAAGCUGAAGGAACAGCUUUCACUGGCGCUUGCUUGUCCGGGAGUUGACAGCGGAAGAGAUGUUGCACCAGGAGGUCCUGAACUCGCCAUGGUGUCAUUUGUUGAAAAUCAACAAAACGUCUUGUAUAAACCAAAGUUUAUGUCUGCUGUUCGUCUCUGGAAGAGGCUAGAUGAUGAGAAGAGGUUGCUGCUCAAGAAGGUGGCUCAGCUCGAGGAGGCCUGGACUCAAAAAGACAAGUUCAUCCACUCCAGCAGAAUGAUCAUCAGGUUUCGUGAAGACCACAUCUCUCGCCUUGAGAAAACGCUGAAGGAAGGACAAAUUUCUUCGUCAGACAUGCAGUCACAGGCUGUCAUUGAUCAACUGAAAGAAGAGAUUAAGAUUUUGAGAGAUCAGGUUGAGCACCAUCCAAAGAUGACUCGAUAUGCAGCUGAAAAUUACAGCCUGAGAGAAGAGAACCGCCAACUGCGUUCUCUGGAAUCAGUGAUGAAAGCUGAAGAGGUUGCAGAGCAAGUUGGAGUUGAGUUGGAAGAAGCCUUUCAAAGGGCUGUGGAGUCAGAAAGAUGCACAGAAACUUCCGCAGUAUCGUCAACUUCUGCGACAGCGGUCGCAGUGUCUGCAGCCACGAUUGAGAAGCUGAAUGCUAAACUGCUUCAGAAACAGUCUGACCUCACAGCAGCCCUGCAGGCCUUUGAGGAAUACAAAGAAAUCUCCAAGAAACAGCUGUCUCAGUUGGAGUCUGAGAAAAGAUAUCUCGACAAGUCCAACAGGCAUUUGGAAAACAUUUUGGAGGCCACACACACUUAUAAAAAACAGGAGGUCUCUGAACUUAACAGAAUCCACGUUGAAACUAUAAAGAUUCUCACCACGCCCACCAAAGCGUACAACCUGCGGUCCCGCCUUGUGCCACUCGCCAGUCCAGAACACCUGAACGGGAAUGACGAUGAUGGAGAAAACAUUUGGGCGGAGCAGCCUCCAUCAGACAUGACUGAGAUGGCUUUGACAGAAGAAUUGCGUCAUGUACAGGAUCAAGUGAGUCAAUUCCAGACGCAGUUAAACGAAGAGGAGCUGAAGAACAGCAAAUUACUUCAGCAAGUUGCAAAACUUGAGGAGCACAUUGCCAUGAAAUCUAAAGAAGCUGACCACAAAGAUGAGCAACUUUCUGCUGAGCGAGCAAACAGGAGCAAAGAUCAGCUUGCCUAUGAAGACACUGUAAACAACCUUCAAACGCGCCUUCAGUCUGAGCAGCAAGCUGCAGCCGUUCUGAGGAGCGAGAUACGCGAUCUCCGUCUGGUACUGCAGUCAUCCGACAAGGAACUGGCCUCUGCGAAGAGCGAGCUCAAAGGUGGUCUGAGUGAGCAUCGACAGGAGAUGAGUCAGCUCUCCAACAGCCUGAUCAGUACGCAGCUGCAGCUCGACAAAGUCAAGCUGGAGUGGGAGCAGCUUCUGGAACAGCAUCGAAUUCUGCAGGAUUCGUUUGAGCAGCUGCAAGCUGAGGCCAAGUUUGAGGCUGAUCAGGCAAGACAGCAGCUGCAUGACCGGCAGCAGGAGAUCGAUCGGCUUAAAGCAGAGGCCAGGGAUUUGGAUAAUUCUCUGCAAGCUGAGCGAGAGCGAAUAGGCAGCUUGACCUCCCAGCUACUAGAAAACAAAGAAAACACAUCAAAAGAACUUAUUGAAACGAUGGAGCAGAACACACAGCUCAGAAAACAAGUGUCGGAUGCAAUAACACAAAAUCAACAACAGUCAUCCCAAGUUGCUGAUCUGGAGCAGAAUUUGGCUGCUGCCAAUGAAGGGAUAAAAACCUUGGAGCAGAAGAUUGAACAGGACAAAGAUGUUCUUGUAGACCUAAUGAACCAAACCAGAGAGCUCCGUGGUGAGCUAAGCCAGAGAGAGGAGACCAUUGGUCAUUUGACUGAAGACCUCAAGGACAUCACAGAAAAAUACAAUUCUGCCUGCCUUGAAAGGGAGAACACCAAGGAGCAAAACUCCAAGAUGCAGACAGAAAUAUGUGCCCUGAAAGAAAGUUCAGACAGGAGGGAGGCAUCCAACAAGAUAGAGGUUGAAGUAUUGCAGGAGGAGAUUUGUUAUGCCACCGAGGAGGUUGAGAGGCUAACUAAAGUCUUAGGUGAGCAGGACAGUCUCCUCCAAACAUCUCAGGAGCAAAUGGCCCAGAAGGACGUCAUCAUAAAGAACCUAAAACAGAAGCUGCAACAACAGCAGGAGUCUGUUGAGAAAAUGGUCAGAAAUGGAGGUUUCAAUCCCGCUGAGCAAGCGCGCACACCCAAAUCAUUUCCUCGGACGCCCUGUACCCCCGGCAGCUUCAGCAGAGAUCUCACUCAGGUGUUAGAGAACCAGGAGCGAGAGCUGGAAAGCAGACGCUCCUCCAUGAUGACUAUGGAGAUUCUUCUAGCUGAGAUGAACGCUGAGAGGGCCGCCAAGAAUGAUGAAAUCCAAAGGCUCAAAGUGGAGCUGACUGACAAAGAAAUGGUUCGAAUGGAGAUCCAGGGAUUGCUUGACAAGUUUUACACCAAGCAGAGUAAUAUGACUCAAAAUGAAAAUAUUAAUAGUGAGGAGUUUAAUGGAGCCAUCAGACAGGCCAUGCUCAAAGAGCUGCAGGAGGAGCGAGCAGAGAAGAGCAAAAUAAUGCAGAAACUUUCAGACACUCAAAAAAGACUUCAAAUGCAGGAGUCUAUGUUGGCUCAAUCUCAGACCUGCGUUCAAGAGCUGACGUCUGAGCUGAGGAACCGCUGUCUAGAAGUGAGAGACCUGAGCCAGAGGAUACACGAUGAGGAGAAACUGCUCCAGGAGAAUGAGGUUCUUCGUAAGCAGAACGUGAAGCUUUCAGAGGAGAAUGGAAAACUUGUGGGACACAAAAACCACAAGCAGAGGAUUGAAUACCUUGUGAAGCUCAAAAUGGCAAACACCAAACUGCAAGAGGACAAUGAAAAGCUCCGGACAGAGAUUAGCUCAAUGCGAGAGAACCCAGGGUGUUCACCGCUGGACUUAAUGUGAACCUCUUUUGUGACUGAACCAUGAUAAUCUUUCCCAGUCUAAAAGUGUUUAUUUUUAUACCUUUACCAUUUGAAUAAACUGUUAUUGUUUCACAUACAAAGAAACUGUCGUUAUAGCAUGUCUUUUCUCUGCAGUGCUGAUCAAAAGUCUCAAUGGAAUCAGACAUACCUUUACAUCAAUCUGUAAAUAUAAUAACGAUGACAUUAACUUCCAUGAGUGCCAGUCCAGUUUUUGUUGGUCUUGUUUGGAUAAGUUUGAUGUAAAUUUGUAUUUCAGGUCACGCUGUUCUCAGGAUGCACAUGUUUGUGUUCUUAAAUGUGUCUGUAUUUGUAUUUGUCUGGUGCUCUGAUUUUUGACCAACCAUUGGUUUUUUGUUCAUGGUAUUGUUUGCUGCCCGUUAUCCAUCACACUUGGGUGCAAAGCAUAAUUAAUUCUUUUUUAAUACUGUAAUUAAAUUUUAACUUUA